CAUACUGCUGAUUGUAACUGGCUGACACACUUCUUUGGAACUAGUCGGCAAUUUGAAUUUCAAUUCUGUCAAUGGGAAGCAUGGAAGUCUUUGAAGGAGAUGACCUGUCGACAUUAUUUUAUGGCAGUGGCUAUAAUGACACUAAUUACAGUAAUUACCCCAUUGAGAGCACUUGCUGCAACAGUGGCUUGGUGUGCACGCAGGGGGAAAGCAUGCGGUUUCAGGCAGUGUUCAUCCCGGUUCUGUACUCCCUGGCGCUGGUGCUCGGCCUGCUGGGAAACGGGCUGGUUCUGGGAGUUCUGUUCCAGCUGCGGCGGACCUGGAGCGUGACCGACACCUUCAUCCUGCACCUGGCCGUGGCCGACACCCUGCUGCUGCUCACUCUGCCCUUCUGGGCCGUGGAGGCCACGCAGGGCUGGAUCUUUGGCACCGAGCUGUGCAAGCUGAUGGGGGCCAUCUUCAAGAUAAACUUCUACAGUGGGAUCUUCCUGCUGGCCUGCAUCAGUCUGGAUCGCUACCUGUCCAUCGUACACGCCGUUCAAAUGUACUCCCGCCGUAAGCCCUGGGCAGUGCAGGCCAGCUGUCUGUGCGUCUGGCUCUUCUGCCUCCUGCUCUCCAUCCCCGACUGGGUCUUCCUGGAGUCGUCCAGUGAUGUGAGAAGGGACAAGGUAGAGUGCACCCACAACUACCAGCGCUUCAACGCCAACAUGAAGCACUGGCGCUUGGCCUCCCGGCUGCUCUACCACGUCGUCGGCUUCCUCCUGCCCUCUGCGGUCAUGGUCUACUGCUACUCCUGCAUCCUGCUGAGGCUGCGGGGUGGCUCCCAGGGGCCCCAGAAGCAGAAGGCCAUCAGGGUGAUCUUAGCGCUGGUGGUUGUCUUCUUUAUCAGCUGGACCCCGUACAACAUCACCAUGUUAGUGGACACCGUCCAGUCCGACCCGACGAAGGCUAACCAGACAUGCGCGGACAUCACGGCCCUGGAUGUGUCCCUGACGGUCACCUCGACCCUGGGCUACCUGCACUGCUGCCUGAACCCCGUGCUGUACGCUUUCGUGGGCGUUAAGUUCCGGCGCCAUCUGCUGGACAUGCUGAACACCUGGGGCUGCAGGAUCAAGGGCCACGUUGGGCCAAUUGCGAGACGAAGCUCAAUGUGGUCAGAGUCUGGAGACACCUCGUACACCUCAGGGUUCUGAGGGGCCGGUGUCCCUCAAUUCUGAAUUUGGGAUCAAUGUUCUACAGUGAAUGGGAUCAUGUAACUUGGCAUGGCUGUACAUAAGCAAGAACAUGAGAAAGGAAACGUCCAGAAAAAAAGGCAUUGUAAAAACAGAGGUUGCAUACUCAGGAGCAUAAGACUGCUUGCCAUGCCAAUAGGCCAUUGUUCUUCAGCCAUGAAUUCAGUAAGCUGAACGUGGUGUUCAGGAGAAAAUUAAAGGGGGACAAUUACAGCAUGCUUCUAUAUUUUACAAAAAAACAAACAAAUGAUCAUAGACAAAAGAGCCACCCAGAACAGAGGCGAAUUGUGUUAAUGGCUGAUAUUUGUAGUCAAAUAAAUUUGCUGUUAGCUGCAGUAUCCACUCUGUACACUUCUGCCAGGUUAUCUAGCAAAGAAUGCAAAUGCUCACAGAUGCUGAUGUUUAACUGCUACAGAAUCUAAUUUGAAUUCCAGGCAGGUUAAUGCUACAUAUUUCCAUAUUGUGGAUCAAAGUGCUACUUCUCCUUGAUCUCCUGCACAGUGGGUAGUAUAGUCUUUACUGUCUUUUACAUGUGCACACAAUCACACAUAAACAUCAUAGUGUGAUUAUGCCGCAUGACAAAUACAGAUGGAAAAUGCUUUCUGUUUAAUUAUGUUGUAUCAUAAUGUCACUGUUUUUCAUGUAUUGAAUCCAGACAUAGAUUUUUACUGGCCACAUCUUGUGCUAGGCCAGGGAUACUUAAUCUUAUACAGAAAGGGUCAGUGUGGUUGCAGGCUUUUGUUCCAACCAGGCAGUUACACCCUGAUCUGACUAAUCAAGGUCCUUAGCAAAGACUCAGGUGUGUAUUGUAACUGCCUGGUUGGAAUCAAAGCUUAGACCCACACUGGCCCUUUCUGGGAGAGAAUGAGUAUCUCUGUGUUUGGUAAUAGUUGCUUGAAUUAAUUUUCAAUAGAAACUUAGAAAUUAUAGAAAAAGAUUUGUUUCAUUCUGGGAAGCAUAUCUUUUUUUUGUUCAAUUCAUUUUUACUGUUUUUUAUAUUGCUUUUUUCACUUAAUAUUGUAAAUUGUUUUUCAAAACUUGUAGCUUGCAAUACUAAAGACAAAUGGCAUGUAUAUUUUUAUAGUUUUGAAAGAAUAAAUUUGAUUUGCUUGUCACAUA